AUGCAGAGUCUGGGCCGGAACUUUGCUAGUGCAGGCCUGGCAAGGAUGCUCCCGACUUGCUGCCGCCCUCGAAUGCUGAUCUUUCUGGCCUUGAUUUUCUUCGGACCAUCGUUUGUAUGGUCUCUGUCUAGGGAUAUUAUUGUCGGUCAUGUCCUUUAUCUGUUUCAAUUCGGCGGGAUGUCCACCUCUUCCCGCCGCAACCUCUGGAGCAAACCCCUCUUUCUCCCUACCCUUCAAUUUCACAUCACGUCAGCUCAACACUUGAGGGCUCAUCUUGAUUCGCCCAGGUCUAGGCCCAAGUGACCGGCCAAGGGCGGCUGAACGAGACCCAACAAGGCAGGAAGUUUCGACAGCCCGUGAACUAUAACGACAUCCCUUCGUAAGGAUGUACGUGGGGUUAUUCACAGUUGCAAGCCGUGAACCAGACUAGACCCUGUAUCCAGAUUCAGACUCGGAUUCUUCCAUGGUCAGCCCUCGGCAGGUUUCAAUGCUGGAUCAUCAAUGAAAAAAUAACCUAGAGAAAUGCAUCACGGGACAAGGCAAAUUGCCACGGAUG